AUGGUUUUUUUUUCAACAAAAUCUGGUUACACACUUCUUUGUGAGCCUAGGGUCUUGUCUAGUAGUCAAUCUCAAGUUUCUCCAUCAUGGUGGAGGAAGUUUUGGGCUUUACCAAUUCUUCCUAGAUGGAAAAUAUUUGGUUGGAAAUUGCUGCAUGACGCUCUUCCUUUAGCGACUAUUCUUCAUGCUCGAGGUCUCCCUAUUGAUCCAGUUUGUGCUUUUUGUCAUGUGGAAGUGGAAUCUGUGUCUCAUACAUUCAGAGAUUGUCCUGUUAUCUGCAGUCUUUGGCUUCCUGAAGCGUUGGGCAUUCAAUGGGAUCUUAUGCAAUUUCCUUCGUUUGGUGUUUGGUUCUUGCGUACAAUUUCUCAUUUUUCGUCAUUAAAGGAUUGGAAGGAGUGGUUGCUUCGUGCUAUGCAGGCUCAAACUUGGAAGAGGUAUUCGAAAUCUACUUGUUUGGUUUUUUUGGAGGCUAAGCAGGAUGUCCGGUGGCAUUGUCUGCGAGGGUUACCUAAUAUCUCUCCAACGACUUGUUUAAUCAUAGAUGGGGCCUGGGAUUGUUCUACUUAUAGGGCCGGAGCAGGCUGGCUAGUCCGUGAGCUUUAUUCUUCUGAGGUACUAGGAGGUGGAUGUCGGGCUUUUAUGGCAAGUCCAGCGUUGCAGUCUGAGCUUCAAGCUUGUGUUUGGGGUUUGGAGUUUGCUAUCCAUAGAGGCUUCUUGAAAAUCCAGGUUUAUACAGAUUGUGCUGCCCUCCUUGCUCUUUUUCCUUCUUCUGGGUCAAUGGAAAUUUCGGCUUGGUGGCUCAUUCAAGAGAUGCGGGCUUUAGUUCAUUCCCUUUUGGUUUGCCAGGUUCAAAAGGUUCCUUGUUUGUGGGUUACUCCUGCUCACUGGUUAGCUGGUUGGGCCCGACGUCGUCAGUUGUUGUAUUUUUUGUUUUAG